CGGCGGCGGUGGUGCGACGGGGGCCUCUUACAGAGCCAGCGUACGUACUUAUAACGCGGCACCCACCCGCAGUCGCCACUCCGGUACGCUCAGUCACCGCGCGCGCCAAACAAACUAUUUUUUUUUUUUGCAAUUACGCUUUGGUUAACCGUCCGCGAGACACGAAGUGACCAUGAAGCGAGGGCUGCUGGUAUUGCUUGCGAUGUGCUCCCUAGCCUGCGCCAUGGUGCCUAGGGAAAGGAGGGCUGUACCCACUGAAACAGAUGCGGCGCCUGUAAAAGCAACUGAUGGCGAGAAAUAUUGCGCCUCGCACACACCGUGCGCCUGGACGGUGUACCAGAAAGUGAUCAAAGUGCCCGAGAUGACCAUCGUCAAUACUUAUUGCGUUUGCGAAGAGAACUUGGAAUGCCAAGAAGAUGAAGACGAUGGCGCAAUAGGCGCAUACGUGCAUCGCUGCAAGGCGCGAGGCAGUAAGACCGAGAAGAGCGCGAGUUAGCCCGGCCGCGGCGGACGUUCGUGCGACCCGCACGACGCGACGCCCACGACUCCGCAUGUCGCAUACGUCGCAUGCUUUGAUUCCACCGCAUAAAAAUCAACCUUAAAGUAGUCGCUCAGUUCCUAAACAGUUUACUUAUUUCUAGUUAUAAAUGGCAGUUUUUAUUCAAAGGACGCCAAUAUAGUCAUUGACUUAAAAUAUACACAUUUUUAUUUAUAGGUAUCCAAGACUUUAAAAGUUGUACAUCAAGUUUGGAAUCGUGUUAUUCUGUUGAGUCCGCCUCAAUGACUAAAUUUAGAUGUCGUUUUAAGUAGGUACUUAGUAAAUUGCAAUUUAUAUUUUUAUACCUAGUUAUUGCACUAUCGAUUUGAAUUGUAUUAAUUUUGAGUAAUGGGUUUUAAUGCGGUGUAUUGACAUUUUUCAAACUUUUUUUUUUGACGGUCACUUUUAGGGUGCGUAAUCUUUUAGGUGCCAUUCUGCAAAGUAACUUAACAGAACAAAAUAGUUAAGAUAAGUUCCUACAGUACGUAAUCAAGUAUUUGGCUUUAUAUAAGCUUUAGUUACAAUACAGUUUUUGUUCCGGCUCUUCUCUAUUUUUGCUAUUUCUUAACAAAUUAAUUACAAUAAAAGUACUUACUAGGUGUAGUCGAUUAUAUUUUAGAUAAUGUAUUUAGAUAUAAUGUUUUUUUUUUCGUUGUAAGACAAUAGGUAUAUUUUAAAUCGCUGUUGCGUAAUGCGUAAUAAAUACAUACCUAUUCCAUUUAAAAAUAAUAAAAUAUGUUGCUCUUGAAAUCGUACACUGAUCGUAUAAAAAACCGUAUAUUGUAUGAAAACAAAAUGUUAAAGAACUAAAGAAGUUCGAUAAAGUUUGUACGUACGUAAAGUUGAACAUGGAAAAUAAUGUUUUGUUAAUGCUGUAGAUACUCGGGUAAAGUGAACUUUAUCGAAUUACUUCAUACAUUAUUCUCUUGCAAUAAAUUUAUGCAAAUUGUAGAAUAAUAAACUUUUGAGCAACAACACCAGGGUUUAAAAUGGCCGAUGAAUGGAACAAGGAUUAUAUGAUACAAUUAAUUUCAAAUUGAAUCCAAUUACCACCAGUAAUUCAUCGGCCAUUGUAUAUAGUGGAAUUUGAGCUCAGGUAACAGGUUUGACGCCCGGAAAUCUUAAGACUUGACAAAAGUCCAAAUAACGAAAUUAAGCCCGCGUAAGUUGGCCAAACACCUCCUUUUUUUUAAGUUUUCUAACAUUAAAUGAAAUAAUAUUAAGUGAUAACAGUUUUAUAACGCCAAUAGUUGGUUUAUAAAAUAAUGACAUAAUAAAGUUGUAGGUAUUAUUAGUUUAGAUUAAUUUUGUAAAGUCUUUUGGCGAAAUAAAUGGUAAUAACCAACCGA